UAGAAAAAUUAAAUCAUAUGAUAGAUUUACGUCUUUAGACAAAAAAAUAAGCACAAAAUUUUAAAAAAUCGUAGUUUUACCAUCCGUAUUCUGUCCGUAAAUCAAAAACCCCUUUAUUCAGUUUUUUUUCUUUCACUUUGUAACUAGGGUGUAUGGCUGGAUUGAAGUCGUGAUAAAUGUUGACAUUCAAUAUGGCGGUAUGUCGUCAGUGCUAUGCUGUGUCGUGCUUGUGAAUGUCGGCUUAGAGACGUAUCGAUAGCAAAAAGAUCCUACCAUUACACAGAACGGAGCCGAUGCACCACGGAGCUUCGACUCAGCAAGCAUUGAAGACAUCUGAGGACCUAGUAACACAACAUCAUCAUUAUUAGUUUUAUUUUGCAACAUUAGUGGUUUUGGUGUUUAAAUUGUGACAUUCGCAUCAAAGACUCCGCCGUGUUCCCGUGAACUUUUAGAAUAAAUGAAAAUGUGAUUUGAUUCAAAAAAAUUCGACAGUCAUAUAAAAACUUGAACACCACACAAGAUUCUGUGAUAUAUAUACACAUAUAUAUAAAAAUAUUGGUACAUAAUUCAGACAUUUUCACAAUACAAGGAAGACGAAAGUAACUAAGAAACAUGUCCAGUAAUCCUCAGUGGAAAAUGUUCCAGCCGCCAGAUUCACACUCAUCACCCCUGCAAGACAUUUUAGACCUCCAGCACUCAAACAUGCAAGCCAAGCCAGCUUACCGAAAUGGUACUUACAGUAGUGAGUACCCAAGCUCGCCAAGGGACAACUACAAUAGCGUUUCCAAAAAUAGUGGUGGAAACCGGUUCUCGGUUGGAUACAAUAUCGAUGGAUGCCCCAUGGGCGAUUCAGUUUUUCAGUCUGGCUCCACUAAUAAUUCAUCUCAAUAUGACUCCGUGAACCACCCACCUAUUAGAGAAACAGGGAUCAUCGAAAAGCUUCUUCAUUCUUAUGGAUUCAUACAAUGCUGCGAGAGGCAGGCUCGUCUCUUCUUUCAUUUUAGUCAGUUCAGUGGAAAUACUGAACAUCUUAAAAUAGGUGACCCAGUCGAAUUCGAAAUGACUUAUGACAGACGCACCGGAAAACCAAUCGCCUCCACCGUCACGAAAAUUGCACCGGAAGUGGUAUUAAGUGAAGCCAGAGUAACCGGUACUGUUACGACUGAGGUGAAGGGCGAGGGGUCAGGGGAUAGUACUGGCAGAAUUUCUUACGAAAAUCGUGGUGAAUGUUUCUUCUUGCCUUACACAAAAGACGAUGUCGAGGGUAAUGUUAUUUUGCGCACCGGUGACGCGGUCAGCUUCCAGAUUGCAACUAAUCAGAGAGGUACUUUAGGCGCUUGUCACAUUCGUUUUGAAAAUCCUGUACAUCCAGUGAAGUACCAUGGAGUGGUAUGUUCUAUGAAAGAAAACUUUGGUUUUAUUGAGCGUGCGGAUGUUGUGAAGGAAAUAUUCUUCCAUUUCUCUGAAGCCAAGUGUAGAGAGGAGUUGACUCUUGGUGAUGAUGUCGAGUUUAUUAUACAAACUAGAAAUGGGAAAGAGGUGGCUUGUAACAUAACUAAGCUUCCCAGCGGUUCCGUUGUGUUCGAGGACGUGAGCCCGGAAAUAAUGCGUGGUCAAGUGCUGAAACCACUGGACCGCGGGAACACUGUGCGAGUGCCGCAAAACGACCCUCUCACCGGACGCAUUAGGUACCGCGCCGCCGAUCACUCCGAAGUCGAGGUACCGUUUGGCGACAAAGAUCAAUGUGGCGAGUUCACGCUGCGCCACGGCGAUUGGGUCCAAUUCCAAGUAGCCACUGACCGGAGGGAUCAGUUAAAGCGCGCCACUUACAUCUCUUUACUUGACGAGUCCUUCAACGUGUCCGGUGAACGGCGAGAGCAAGGAAUCGUUUGCUCCCUCCGAGAGGGGUACGGCUUUAUCCGGUGCGUUGAAAGGGAACAAACCAUGUUCUUCCAUUUCGCCGAGGUGCUUCGCCUGGGCCAAGAGCUUAGCGUGGGAGACGAGGUGGAGUUCACGGUGGACCCGGUGUCGACAUUCUCGAACAUGAACACGCGCCAGUCGGCCAUCCGCAUCAAGCACCUGCCAGCGGGCUCGGUGCACUUCGAGACGCUGGUGGAUCGCGGGCUGCGUGGCGUCGUGGCCAAGGAGGCGCCGGCCCACACCUCCACCGCUAGCCCCACCCGACCCGCACCACCUGAUACCAAUGGCUUGAUCACUUGUCAGAUCAAUCAGACAAAGAAAACUCUGCCUUUUAUGGCCAAGAAAUGUGAAUCUAAGACGCUGCCGCGUGUUGGGGACAAAGUUGUUUUCGAUCUGUAUCAGGUGAAGCGCACGAAGGAGUUGGUGGCGAUGUCGGUGGUGGUGCAGCACGGGCUGAGCAACGGCAGCGCGAGCAGCUCGGCUGGCGCGCGCCCCCCCAUGCACGGCUUCAUCGCCGCGCUCAAAGACGGCUUUGGCUUCAUCGAGACCUCCGACCACACCAAGGAGGUGUUCUUCCACUUCAGUAACUUGGAGGGCACUCCGGAGAGUUUGGAGUUGGGCGCGGAGGUGGAGUACACGCUGGGCCGCAUCAGCGGUUCGGGCGGCGGGUGCGCCAGCGCAGAGUUCGUACGGCCUGUGCCGCGUGGCACCGUGCCUCUUGCCAAACCGCUCGAGCCCACACUCAGCGGCACCGUCACUCGCACGCUGCGCGCACUCAAUCCCGACCAGGCACACUACUCAGGAAUGAUUCAGACGGAGGCUGGCAUCAACUAUGAAUUCGGCAUAAUGGGUCUAGCGUGCAAGCGUGAGAUCUUGCAAGUGAGCGAUCCGGUCACCUUCCAAGCUGACAUCGAAGGCAGGGCCACCAACAUCGUGCCCAUAAGGAAGAAGAGACGCGCCACUGUUGAUGCCAUUAAAGGCGGGUUCGGGUUCUUGUCGCUGGAGGGCGAGGACAAUCGGCGUCUGUUCUUCCACAUGUCGGAGGUGCGCGGCACGCCGUCCGAGCUGCAGCCUGGCGACACGGUCGAGUUUGUGAUGCUCACCAAUCCGAGGAAUGGCAAAUCAUCCGCCUGUAAUGUCGUUAGAAUUGCGAAGCCGGCGGCGAGCAAGGGACGGUGCGAGAGGCCGGAACGUCUGCUGGCGCGACUGCGCACCGCCUCGUUGGAGGAGGCGGCCGGGCCGCGCGUUGUGAUCGUGCGCACGCCCCGCGGGCCCGACGGCACGCGAGGCUUCCGCCCCCGACGUCCUGUCGCAGAAAUAUUGGCAGAGUGAGAGGAAGAGAGGACCGACAUAGUAAGGCCUCCACAUUUCGUAGGUAUCUCCUGAUGUUUUAUUUUCGGUUCAGAUUGUUUCAAUGUAUUCGUGAGAGACUGAUUGAUCCUUCAACUUUAGCAGCAUUUAGAAAAUUUGUUUUGUUAGUUUUACUAAUCAUAGUCGAAGACAAAAACAAAUUUCAAAAGCAGCAUCUAUGUGGCUUAUGACCCAUAAGCGAAGAACAUAUCAAAUUUAUUAAACUGGACUUUAGUUGCUUAUUUAGAAUUUUCAUAUACAUGAGAGGUUCUUUUUCGCAUAGACACGUUGUUCAAAAUUCCGUUUGUAUAAUUCCUUAUUCAAGUGUAUUAUUGUUAUGGUUUGCCAAGUUCAGUCGCGGGCGGCACGUAACACGCAAGCGCCCCAUGCGGGUUGCCGCUCCAUGUAUUUUGUUUUGUAUUUUUUUUGUAAAGUUUUGUAACACAUUUUGACAUACCCUUAUGUAAAUAUAGUGUCUAGUUGUAAUGUAUAUCGAGAUGAUGUCCGACCGGCUUGUGUUCUGGACAAGUCUCUACGAGGCACUGUAUGGACGACUGUUACUUGUGUAUUGGUCGGCGUUUAUACUCGGGGGUGUGCCUCUGCAAAUGCGUUAAUACGCGGUCGCCAGCACUGUGUGCGCUUCUCAAAAAAUUGCUGUUGGACGGUGGUGAAUUAUUCUUUUGUUGUUGUUGCGUUUAGAAAAGAUCUCUGUACGCGAUGUUCUUUCUGUGAUGUGUGAAAAUUUCAUGUGCAAUAAAAUUAUGUUUAAAAAAGAAUUAUCGCCCUCACAGGGCAGCCUGCUAGUCGUUUAGUGUUACUUGGCCUCCUCGUAUUAACCUCACAGCUCGCUUGUUACGGGCCGCCGCCUCUAAUAAUACUCUUGUGAUAUGGUUAAUUUUAUAUUGUACGAACAAAAUUUUCUUUAAUGGCGGAAGCCUUUAUACAAUUAUGAAACGUACUGGGAUAGAACCAAAGACUGAAUUAAUGUAACAGUAAAAAUAUCGCUAUUAGAAUAUUUUAAUUGAUGGUAUGUUGUAAACUUCACGGUAUCUUUGUGGUCAAACAAUGUCGUCUCAUAACUUAUUUACUUGUUAUUAUGUAUGCACAGAUCGAUUACAAACAACGGAAUUCAACGAGCUGUUAGACUUUAUGAAUGUGAUGUUAUUAUCAGCGUCAUACCCGUUAGGUUUGUCAUGUUCAAAUACCUUAAUUGUUUACCUCAUGUUGUGUUCUAACAGGCGUCCGGCCAGUGCUGGCCGGGUUAACAUAAUUUUGUGUUGUGUUGUGCCCGCAAAUUAACACUUGUUAUUUUAUUACAUUGACACUGAGACUGAUUUAAAUUAUAUGUUGACGUUAAAAUAUAUGUCUCAGCAAUUAGUUCCGAACAGUUUAUUCUUGCACCUUUAACUUAUUGACUACCUAAUGUUUAAGUACACAGUGCAACUCGGAACUAUUUCCGAGUAAAGUUAUUUUUUUUCUUGGCAUCUACAACGUACUAAGUUAUCUCGAUAAGCAAUAAAAAAUGUGUUCAAAUAUUUGUUAUAUGGCAGAUAACGCAGCUCUCGGUUCGUCGGUAUGAUACGAGUAGCGCAGUGUUAAUGUUAUGUGUAGGGAACAACGAAAACGGCUGUCAAUUCUAAAUGUGUGUCUCCCGUUGGACCAUUUCUGUACGAUACUGAGCCUCAUUUAUCGGUCUCCACAUAAAAUUCGCUGCACAUACGUAUUAUUCGAUAUUGUUAAAGCUAUCUUAUUCUGUUUGUAUUAUCACUGUUAGUUAUACCAUCUAAAUAAAUGGCACUAUGCAAAUACUUUAUUUUAUAUUGGUCGUUCGAACAUUGAGUUACAUCUUCUGGUAUUUUUAAAGUUGAACUAACGUCGAAUUGAGGUUUCCAAAAAACAGUCGUAUUGUAUACAUAGCUGGCAACUCAUUUGAGUGGUACAGUUUAUCAUUUUACAGUGUUUUAUUUUUGAAAUCCUUUAUUAAGUUUGUGCAAAAAAUGGAACGCAUUGGGACUCGUUCAACUCUCGACACGCUAUCUUCGCCCGUCCGGUGCGCCCAUUUAUUUUCUCAUAUGCCUUAUAUAUAAUGCUUAAGUUCACAACCAUCAGAUGUAGGCGAAUGUCAGAAUCACAAACUUAUGGUUUGCUUUCGGUAUUUUAUAAAUUAGCGAGUGUUAAGAGACGGAAAUUUUUAUAGCAAUUUGUCGAUAUUUAACAAUGAUGUUUUUGUAAAAAAUAUUAUUAAUUUGACCAUAUGCGGUGGUGGUAACUAAUGUGCUAACUUAGCUUUCUGUAUAUCAAAUUGUACAUAAAAAGAUUAAAAUUAUAGACCAUCCAUGUUAGCGCGCGUAUCACUCGAAACACUCAUUAGAUUCAAAAUUUUAUUACAGAAAAGGAUGAAACUAUAUUUUGAGAACAUCUUGUGUUUAUUAUCAAAUCGAUUUACAGAUACAAAGUACAUUCGAUUUAUUAACUUUUAACUUCAUAUAUUAAUUUUAAUGGCACCACAGAUUCUCGUCAAAACGUUAGGUUUAAAUCCACAUAUUCUUGUGGGCACAACUGUUAUUGACAUCAGUGUGCUGUAAUUUAAGAAAUUUUCGAGUGGUGUGUGAGAUCUCUACAAUACGGGUGUGUCGUCAAACCAGUUCUCCGGCGAGUCCUUUAAGACUAAAGACUAUAAUAAUAUCAAAAAGAAAUAACUCUUUUUUGGAUAGUGCCAUUUAUAUUUCUGUUUUCACAUAGACUUUACUAUAGAUUUCCUUCAACGACAAUAUUUGAUUUUGUAAAUUAGAGCGACGAUCUGGCAUCAGAUUUAUUUUUGCAAGUAAUGCAUUAAAUAUAAAGCGAUUCGAAUAAUCAUAUGAAUAAUAUGCAUUUUUUUUACAAUUAAAGAAAAUUCUUUAAAUUUAAUUAAAAAGCAACGUGUGAUCAAGUUUUUAUUUAAACGUAUUGCUAAAUUUUAGGGUUUAAUUUAAAGCAACGGAAAAGUAUAAUAAACAAUUGUCAAAACGAUUUUUUUAUUUCUUUUGUGUAAAAUUUGCCCUGCGAACGUUUUGUUUAUGCUGGGCGAUAAAACUAAUGAUUUGAAAGCUAACAAAGAUGCUAAACCGACGUUAUCGAGGAGAAAUAUUACGUAUAAACGCUCUCAUUAAAAAAAAAAUGGCACGAGCUUGAUAAAUCGUAAUGUUUCCAUAUGAUUGGAGUAGAAUUUGUAAUUUAUAUGCUCUUUUAACGUUGUAAACUUUAACAAGUUAUAAGGCAGGUGUUGUAAGUAGGUAUGUUUUUUCGAAUUUAAACGUGCAUACCCUCCACUUUUCGUUCUCUAAUGUCUUCAAACAUGGCAUUAUAUUUUUCAUUACUACUUGUAACGAGACUACAAUCAAAUAGCUGCUUAUGUAACCACGAAUUAUAAACUUGUUUAAAUAAGAAAUGUUGAUAAACAAUAUUUAGGCUAUUUUCUAUUAAUUUAUGAUUUUGGCAAAUUCAAAUGCGUAAUAUUGACACAGUAGAAUAUAGAGAACCCUUAUUUUCCUAAAUGCAUUUUAUCAGCUACAAUACCGCAUGCAUCCUUUUUAUUAUUUUUGUAUCUUCACGAAGUUAUUUCUCUCGUUCUAAUUCAAAUCCCGCAUGCGUUAAUUUUGCUUCGGUGCCUAAUAUGUACCACCGAAGUUCAGUGAAGCUAGGAAUAUAUUUUUUUUAUAUUCAUAUAUUUAGAACAUGUUCGUGACAAUAUCACUUGAAUUUUGUGUUAUCCAAUUUGCAAACAAUUUCCCUAGUUAAAGGUUGAAAUUAAAAUGAAUAAAACCGUGGGCCCUACCCAUUAACCGUAGUUUAGUAUUUAAUAUCUCGAUGCAAUGUGGUCUGCAUUGCAAUCAUCCAAUUGUUUUAUAGUAGAUACAUUUUAACAUAAACGCGUUAAAUGAGGGUAUGCGUUAUGAUCGAAGUGUUUAAAAUUGUGCGAAACUUAUUGUAAGGCAUCGAUUCAUCUUCCUAUAACGUUGGAUGGCGGUGUUAUGAUUGUUGUUCAAUGCCGUAAAACGGAGCAAAUGAGCUCCAGGGUGCAAAGAAAUUAAAUUAAGAUCGAAAUUAUUCCCAGAUGAAGCAACUCCACUGUAAUUUAGGUGAAAAUAAGAUUUCUUCAUAAUGAAGAUGGAUAUGUUUAAUUACAGUUAAUUUGCUUUGUUUGUAAUUAAUUUAGAUUUUCUACCUUUGCUUCCUAUAUAUCCCUGUUUAACGGUAAACAUUAAUAUGAAAGGCACGGACAGAAAGAGAAAUAUUUUUUCCAUGUGAAAUAUAAAAUAGUUGGGUAUAUAAUAUGGUGGUUGCCAAACCGUUGUGUCUGUUCGGUUGUUUGAAACAUGUGGAAUGUUGAGUCUCCAACAGGCCCCAUGAAAUAAACAGGAAUUUUGAACAAACGUUAUAUGCUUUAUGCUUUAAACUUACACAUUUUGUUUUCUUUAAAUAUAUACAAUGUUAUAUUAUAUAUACGCUCCUGUAACACUUAUAUUAUAGUAAUAGUUAAAAUGAUGUAAUAAUCAGAAUUUUUGAUGUUGUAGAGUACGAAAAUAAGUUCCGAGUCACCUCGGUUAUAGGUAUUAUUAUAUACUAGUCUUAAACAUUUAUUCCCGGUGACGUAUGCCAGACUAUAUAUAAGCUAGAUGCUAAUGAACGCCCCUAUGUGAGAUCUGAUGCGAAACUUUAGUAUUCACACAAAACGUUUCCCUGUAUCUGUGAAUUUGGCGAACCAGUAAAGAAAGUGAAUACGGUGCCUAAAAGAACCUCUAAGUGACCACAAAAUCAAACAAAAAAUGUUAAAUUGUUUAAGCCUUUCAAUAUUACAUCUUCUAAAUAAUAAUAAGAGUUUAUUUUUUUUAUUCUUUUAUUGUAUUCAUGAAACAAAUGAUCCAUGCCAAAUGUUUAUACAUCCUGUAUCGGUAGAUUUUUUAAAUAUAAUGUGAUGGAGUCAUUGUAGAGGCCGCGUGGUCGCUUGGUCGCGCGGCCGCGUGUCGAGAUUUGUUUGUUACUGUACCGUCUGGCGCACGGGUCUCGUGCGCUCGCCUCACACACUAGUGCCUAUUCAUGUUUACUUGUUGCGAAUGGUUAGCGCCACUUAUGAUUACACAGUUGCACUAUACGUUUGAAUAUUUAACUAUAAUCGAUCAAGCUUAUUUGGUUAGUUGAAUGCGAAUUUUAGAUAUCGUACGUUUAUACAUGUAUCGUUAGUUACUAGAUGACAGCAAUAUAUACUAUGUCGCGGUGCGUCGAACAAAGUGAUGAUAAUAUAUCGAGCGCUAUUUACCAUAAAGGUGUAUUUGUAAGUGUAGUGGUGAUUACAAAUUUUAUAAGAGACAUUUGUAUAGAUCACACUAAUGUUUAAAUAUUAGAUAAGCCAUUAUGAAGUAGUUACUAGGUGAUACAAACACAAAUACGCUUAACGUGAUGCUAUCGUACAUUCUAAAUGCACAUGACGCAGCCAGAACCUGAGUGGAAGUUACAUCUAUAAAUUAUAAUAGACGGUAUCAUAUCGGACUUGGAACUAUUUUUUUUAUAAAUGUGGUUGUAAAAUGAACUGCCAAAAUAAAUGAUCGUUAUUAGAACCUGUUUUAUGAAAACUCCUCUCUCGGCACUGGUGACGGUGACGAUUGGUUCGAUAAUGUGUGUGAGCCUCAUGUUGCCCUGUUAUUUCAAUUUCAUAAAAGGGUUUAAUUUUCUCUAUUAUAAAUAUUUCAAGUAGUCAUAAGUAACAUAAUUUAUCAGAUGUGGCGUAGAUGUAGUUCCAUAAUUCAUAUUAAUUUUAUAAAAUAUAUUAUAUAACAUACAUAAUAUAUUACAUACGUUUGGAAAUACUUUUUCAUAUAUGACAUCCGUACGUUAUCGCCGCUUACAUUUACACCGUUCACAUCACUUUGUUCCGUUUCGAGAUAUUAUAUUUCACGAGGCUUUUUAUAAAUCAUGUGCAUGCCGAGUUUUGUGAAAAUAGUGUACAGUGUCCGUAGAGUAUUAUGUAUUGAAAAAAGUAGUCUGCGCCGCGGUUAUAAUUUUAUACAAAUAUACAAUAUGAUCGAUUAACGUUCGCCGCACGCAAGUAUUAUCCUUCAUCAUGUUAUAUCAAAUUGAUGUAAUUUGUAACAAUCUAUCGGUCAUUGCUUUUAGGUUUUGGUAGUUUGAUUGACGUGCGAAUGCUAAAUUAAGCGCAGUCAAAAAGAAACAUGUGGUUCUUCUGUCUAUAAUACACUACUACAUGCUGAAGCAAAGUUUUAUCGUAUACAAUACUAAGCUUGCUUUUACCCUUGCGUGUUUCUCGAAUACCUCAUGAUUGUAGUUAUUUAGACCUAAGUACGUCAAAUUUCUUAUAAAACAUUUACUUCAGUGUAUACUUGACUGUACUGUAUUACUUACUGGAUAAAUUUAUUACUUCGAAUAACCACAAUAAGGUGCGUUGGGGUAAGAAUGCACGAGGGGUAACAUGGUAUAAAAAAAUUGUCGGUAAAGAACGGAUUAAAAUCAUCCGAUCUUGCACAUAUAAAAUUGUGUGUGUUGUCAAAGUUUAUAGGUACACGCAGACGCGUAAAUUCAGUCUUUAUAUUAUAUUUUAGGCGCUGGUGAAUGACUGGUUUUGUUGAUUUGUUAUUUAAUUACACAUGAACGUAAUAUGUCUUUAAAUAAAUUUAAAAAUAUAUACAGUGUUACUCCUAAGAGGGGAGGGGGGGUAUAUCGGAUGCCUAGAAAAUUGAAAUAUAAAUUUAAGCUAACUUUACUUUACUAAGAUAGGAAUAUAUACUUUCCAUAAACUGUAGUAUCCCUUAAGUGUUGACGGAUGGCUUUAGAGAGUAGUCUAAACUAUACCUGUGAAGAUCCUAUGGUACACUUUUAAAGCCUCUUAAAACAUUAACUGUUAGUUUUAAAGAAUUAAAAAAUAUAUAUUAUACACCAUUUAGUAUAUUUAAUAAUAUUAUAUAGCCCAGUUAAUGAUUUAUUACGGUAAUUAUUAUAGAAUACAGGUAAAAUAAAAUCGCGAGCACUCGUAACAUCUUGAAAUAGCGUCCGAAUUUACCCCAACGUACCUUAUGCAAUUUGGUUAUCCGCAAGUUUAAUGUUUUUGUAACGUUGUAAUGUUAAACCACGCCCCGGCUACGUUUCGGCUCGGUAUUUAAGUGAUACAAAAUGUUUUUUACUUUAUAUUAUUAAAAUGUUUAAGUUGACGACACACGUUUAACUCAAUAUUAUAUAAUUAAAGGCUGUAUAAUCGUCAACAAAUAAAUACGAUGAGAAAUUUUAAAUGUGUAACAUGUCCUUUUUCAUCACUAUUUUUUUUUUAUUAUCCAAACCAAAUAUCAUUCUUUAUUUGUCCUAUCGUUUUUGGUAUUGAUGUAUUUGCUAAUUGACACUCAUCGUUAGCUAAUCUGAAUGUGGAUCGAUAUGAAAGAGAUGUGCUUUGGGUAAUCGAAGCGACUGAGAACAGCGGUUGUGAUUUUAUUGACUGCGUUGUGUUAAAUUCCUAUAUCCUAUAAUAAACUCGGGAAAUAAUA